GAGACAGGAGCAGUUCCAGACAAACCCCGACAGCUACAACGGAGCUGUGCGAGAGAACUACUCCUGGUCCCAAGACUACAGUGAUCUGGAGAUUAAAGUGCCCGUGCCCAAGCACAUUGUGAAAGGCAGACAGGUGUCUGUGGAUAUCAGCAGCAGCACGAUUCGUGUAGCAGUGCUGGAGGGGAGCAGCCCGCACGUCCUCAUGGAAGGGAAACUCACCCACAAGAUCAAUACGGAGAGUUCCCUCUGGAGCCUGGAGCCAGGGAAGUGUGUUUUGAUCAACCUGAACAAGGGGGACGAGUACUGGUGGAACGCCAUCCUGGAGGGCGAGGAGCAGAUUGACAUCGACAAGAUCAACAAGGAGCGCUCCAUGGCCACGGUG